CCUCAUCCACCUCAGUCUGCCACCCCGCGAGGAUCUGACAGGAUAUAUAGUCGUCAGACGGACACGCGCUGGCCUCUACAUGUCCUUUCUCUCCCUUAUCCUUUCUCCUCUCGCAUGACCAUCUCCCAAGACACCCCAAAUCCCGCGCCCGACAGCACCACCACCGCAGCCGCAGUCUCCGAGUCCCUCCUCCCGCGCAACUACCAGGAAGAGAUCUUCCGCCGUGCGCAGGAGGGUAACGUCAUCGCAGCUCUCGACACUGGUUCGGGGAAGACGUUCAUCAGCAUCCUCCUCAUCAAAUGGAUGGUCCUCCAGGAGCACGCCCGCGACAAGGUCAUCGUCUUCCUCGUCCCCAAGGUCGCCCUCGUCGAGCAGCAGGCCAGCUUCAUCUCCAAGCACACGCCGUCGAGUUUCCGCGUCAAGAAGUUCCAUGGCUCGCUUGAUCUCGACCUUGCCGACCGGGGGAACUGGCAGAAGUCGUUCGAGGGGUCGGAUGUCGUCGUUAUGACAGCUCAGAUCUUCCUUAACAUAUUGACGCACUCGCACUGGAGUAUCGAAAAAGUAUCUCUACUUAUCUUUGAUGAGUGCCAUCAUACCCGCAAAAACCACGCAUACAACGGCGUCAUGCGCGAGUAUUUCACUCUGUCUACGGUGCAUAGACCAAAAGUCUUUGGCAUGACUGCGUCUCCGAUCUGGAACCCCAAGGACGCCCAGGGUUCCCUGCUUACACUCGAGAAGAACCUUAAUGCCACUGUUAUAGCAGUGCGCGAGCACCUUGCGGAGUUGUUGGAACACUCGCCACGACCAUUAGAGAUAAUCAAAGAAUACGUCCCGCCUCCCGAUAAUUAUAUCUACCUCAAGCCUUCCCUUUGGGACUGCAUAUCCGUAUUCGCCCAGGGCGACACCGCGCAGCUCAUAUCCUGGGACAAGCUCAAGAUGCGGUACUUCGUCACCCGAAAUACACUCGGCCCUUACUGCGCCGACCUGAACCUCUACCACGACAUCAAGGCCAAGGUGCGGCAAGAGGUCGAAGAGAUCUACGACACCCAGCUCAGCCAGCGGCCAAUCGACCUCGAGGACCCCGCGUUCGCGAUGGACGUCGACGACGGCACCCCUGACAACUUCGAGCAAGACUUCUUGGACCGCAUACCCGACGACCUCAAGCACAUCGACGCCAUCGUCUCCGAGUUCACGCACUACUUCGACCGCGGCUCCACUUCCCCAUCCGCGUCCCCCUCUCCAUCCGCAUCCACACCCCCCUCCGAGAUACCCAUCACGAUCCCGCUCGCGUGGUGCGCGCCCAAGGUGAAGGCGCUCGUGGACGUGCUGCUCGAGCACCACUCGGCGUCGCCGGGCAGCUUCCACGGGAUCGUGUUUGUGGAGCAGCGGCACGUCGCGAUGUGUCUUGCCAAGAUUCUGCCGCGCAUUCCGGAGUUGAGGGAGCAUAUUCGGUGCGCGGAGCUGGUGGGCCAUGGGACGGGCCAUCAGCAUAAGAAGAAUCAGCCGCCGACGGCGCAGGCGAGGGGGAUGGGACUGGCGAGGCAGCAGGAUAUUGUGAGGUCGUUUAGGGAGGGGAAGCUGAACCUUCUUAUCGCGACAUCGGUUGCAGAAGAGGGGCUGGAUUUUCCUGCAUGCGAUAUUGUGGUCCGUUUCGACCCCGUCCACCAUAUGGUCGGCUACGUCCAGUCCAGAGGCCGAGCGCGCACCAAGACCUCCGCGUUCGUGAUCAUGGUGCAGGCGGGGUACGACACGCACCGCGAGCGCUACCGCAACCUCUCCGAGAGCGAGCCCGAGCUCAAAAAAGUGUACCAGUCGCGCGAGCAGCUCCCGCAACCCGAGCCCGAGCCCUCCUCCGAGUCCGAAGAGGGAGAGGUGGAGGAGGAGGACCCGGCAGACAUCGCCGUGCGCGAGCGCUAUGUCGUCCCGUCCACGGGCGCGGCGCUGACGUACGGCUCGGCGAUCGGGCUGGUCAACUACCUGUGCUCGCUGCUGCCGCACGACCAGUACACGGAGCCGCCGACGCCCAAGUAUUUUGGGGACUACGCGGCGACGCUUGAUCUGCCCGCGAGUCUGCCGCUGCCGCUCGACAAGCGGCGCUUUCGAGGCCCGAUUCGGCGUUCGAAGCGCGAGGCGAAGCGCGCGGUGGCGUUUAUGGCGGUGAAGGAAUUGCACAAGCUAAAUGUGUUUGACGACUACCUGCUUCCGUCGUCGGGCGCGAAAGGGCGGAAUACGGAGGACGCGGACGGGGUGAAGAUCAGCGAGACGGCGGAUAUACCGGAUGAUCUGGAUGUGAUGGUCCGGGACCCGUGGGUGCUCGGGCCGACGCUGUGGAUGCACAAGCUGCUUGUGGACGGGAAGGUCGUUGCGGGGCUCGUGACAGGCACGAGCUUCCCGCCGGUGGAGCUCAUGGCGGAGGGCAGCACGCUGCGGGUGCGGUGCGCGUACGCGUUCAGGCUGGACGAGGACAGCGAGUGGGAGCGGUUCCGCAUGCUGGACGAGUACACGAAGCUCGGGCUGUGGUUCUGCGUCACGGGGCGGCGGUUCGUGGCGCCUACGACGUGCUUCCUCGUGCCGCUCACAAUCGAGGACGAGAUCGACUACGCGCAGAUCCGGGGAGUGCUGAGGGAGCCGUACGGGUCGCCGGACUGGUCGAGGGUCAAGGAGGAGGAUCUAGGGAGGACGAUGGUUAUGAACACGAAUCAGCAUGGACGGCCGCUGAUUUUGCAGAAUAUCAGGGAGGAUCUCACGGCGAUGUCGACACCGAUGCCUGGGACGCGGGAGGACGCGUGGCCGACGUACUACGAGUUCUGGGUGAACCGAUGGACGCGCAAGGACCGCGAGGCGGAUGUGCCGAAGGACUGUCCGCUCAUUGGUGCGACGUAUGCGCCGCGGAAGCCGUCUGGGGCGUACAGGGUGCAGGCGAGGCUGGAGAACGCGGACAGGUUCAAGAACCAGGACGUUGGGCUCGGGCUGCUUGCGCCGAGAGACUGCUGUCGGAUCGUCCAUUUCCCCCCGCACAUCUACAAUGCGUUUCAUCUGCUGCCCAAGGUGUGCCGGCGCCUGACGGACGUGUAUCGUGCGCAGGCGCAGCGGUUCGAGCUGGGCCUUCCUCCCAUCGCAGACGAUCUGCUCAUCGAGGCUGCUUCGCUCCCUACUACCCUGCAUACGUGGAAUAACCAGCGCUUCGAGACGCUCGGCGACUCUGUGCUCAAGCUCGGUGUUACGGUUCACAUUAUGAACAAGUACCCACAUCGCCACGAGGGGCAGCUCUCCAAGCUCCGACAGAGCAGCGUGUCCAACCGCACGCUCCUCGCGCGUGCGAAGGAAAUUGGGCUGGAGAUAUUCCUCAACAGCGAAACGCAAAGCCUGCAAUCGUGGCGCUACGUCCACCCGUCCGAGUGCACCGCAUCCGCAUCCGCCGCGCUCACUGCCGGCACCGCCGAGUCACCAUCGUCAAAAGCGCCCGCCCGGCGCGCAAAGCGCGAGUUCCCGCGGCGGAGCCUGCAGGACUGCAUGGAAGCGACGCUCGGCGCCGCGUUCUACCACGGCGGGAUGGACAUGGCGCUCCGCGCGGGCACGGCGCUGGGCCUGUCGUUCGGCGGGGAGCUGCCGUGGUGUGCGCGGUACGGGCGUGUCCCGGACCCUUCUCCAGCUCCUCCGCUCUUUGAGGAGCUGCAGAGCGGUCUGGGAUACGAGUUCCAUCGCGGGGACUUGCUCGUGGAGGCGGCGACGCAUCCGAGCUUUGCGACGAGUGCGGGGGCGUCGUAUCAAAGGCUGGAGUUCUUGGGAGAUGCGCUGCUGGACGUGGUGGUGAUGCGCUACCUGUUCCACAAGUACCCCAGGGCGACGUCGGGCCAGCUUUCUGUUGCGCGCUCGCGCGCAGUGUGCGGGCCGACGCUCGCGUCUGUCGCGGUGAAGCGGCUUAAUCUGCACCAGAUUCUGCUCAUCAACAACGUCGAGCUCAGCAUUGCGAUCAGCCGACAUGUGCCGCUGCUGCAGAAUCUGCCCACCCAAGAGAUUGUGCUCAAGGCGUGGAAGUACGACCCGCCGAAGGCGCUGAGCGAUAUCAUGGAGAGCGUGUUUGGGGCGGUGCUCGUCGACUCGGCGUACAACUACGAGAAGGCGGCUGCGGUGGUGGAGGAGGUGAUGAGCGAGGUGCUGGAGCUGAUUAGUCCGAGUGUCGCGAGGGAUCCGGUGACGGAUCUGAUGCUGUGGUCUGCGGCGGCUGGGUGUUCGAGGAUCACGUUCCAGAAAAGCCAAUCGCACCCCGAGCUCAGGCGGAACGACAGCAUCUCGGUGCUUGCGCACGGAAUCGUCAUCGUCGGACCUGUCACAGCCGCCAAUCCCUCGCUAUCAAAAGGUCUCGCGUCUGAGCGCGCCCGAGCCAUUUUGGACGACCCCACGCACGAGUUCCACAUCAAGAAGAUGUGCAACUGUCGCGAGAAGCCGAAAGACACGUCGGAGGAUAUGGAUAUGGACGGCGCCCAGGAUGGUUUGGGGAAGAUUACCAUCAACGAGAAUGAUAUUACAGACGAAACGGAGGAGGGUUUUGCGGUGCUGGCACGGCAGAAGCUGGACGAGUCGCGCAAGGAGGAGGCUGGGAGUACACCGGAGGGAGACGAAGAGGAGGUGAUGUAUGAGGGGGGAGAUAAUCAGGAUAUGGACAUCGAUGACUGA